CUGGGAAAUGUGAGGGAUCCAAUUGCAGCGUGUGGGGUUUGGGGUGGUUUUUUUUUUUAAAAUUCGUAUAUUUUUCUAUCCCUGGCUGCCUCCCAGGCGGGGUGAGGGGUGUGCUGGUGUAGUGGCUGCGGUGAGACGCCCUAGGGAUGCUUGAGGGCCCUGCAGGUCUCAGUAUGCCUUCUCCUCGUUUGCAGGGCAAAGAUGAGUCUGUUUGGAUCAACGUCGGGCUUUGGUACUGGAGGUACCAGCAUGUUUGGCAGUACGACCGCAGAUAACCACAACCCAAUGAAGGAUAUUGAAGUAACAUCUCCCCCUGAUGACAGCAUAUCUUGUUUAGCAUUUAGUCCACCAACAUUGCCGGGUAAUUUCCUCAUUGCAGGAUCAUGGGCAAAUGAUGUUCGCUGCUGGGAAGUUCAAGAUAACGGACAGACAAUUCCAAAGGCUCAGCAGAUGCACACAGGGCCCGUACUAGAUGGUUGCUGGAGUGAUGAUGGGAGUAAAGUAUUUACUGCUUCCUGUGAUAAAACUGCCAAAAUGUGGGAUCUCAACAGUAAUCAAGCUAUUCAGAUUGCACAACAUGAUGCUCCUGUGAAGACUAUCCAUUGGAUUAAAGCACCAAAUUAUAGCUGUGUGAUGACAGGAAGCUGGGAUAAAACUUUGAAGUUCUGGGAUACCCGUUCACCAACACCUAUGAUGACAUUGCAGCUUCCUGAAAGAUGUUACUGUGCAGAUGUGGUUCAUCCUAUGGCUGCUGUGGCCACUGCAGAAAGGGGUUUGAUAGUUUAUCAGUUAGAGAAUCAACCUUCUGAAUUUAGAAGAAUAGAAUCUCCUCUUAAACACCAGCAUCGCUGUGUUGCUAUUUUUAAAGACAAAGUGAACAAACCUACUGGAUUUGCCCUUGGAAGUAUUGAAGGAAGAGUAGCUAUUCAUUAUAUCAACCCCCCAAAUCCCGCAAAAGAUAAUUUCACUUUUAAAUGUCAUCGCUCCAAUGGAACAAACACAUCAGCACCUCAGGAUAUCUAUGCUGUAAAUGGGAUAGCAUUUCACCCUGUCCAUGGUACUCUUGCAACAGUAGGGUCUGAUGGUAGAUUCAGCUUUUGGGAUAAAGAUGCACGAACAAAGCUAAAAACAUCAGAACAACUUGACCAGCCGAUAUCUGCUUGUUGUUUCAACCAUAAUGGCAAUAUAUUUGCAUAUGCUUCCAGUUACGAUUGGUCAAAGGGUCAUGAAUUUUAUAAUCCACAAAAGAAAAACUACAUUUUUCUGCGAAAUGCAGCAGAAGAGUUAAAGCCUAGGAAUAAGAAGUAGUAUGCAAGUGGCCAACAGCAGUGACAGGAACUCAAGACAGAAGAUGGGCACAGUGCAAAUUCUACUUUAGUUUUUUUCUUACGCUCCAGCAAUGGACAUGACUUUUGAGCCGACGAUACUGAUGCUUAUUCUAGUCCAAAGGAGGUAUUGUCAGUUGUGCCAAGUGAUACAUAGUUCAGAAAUACAAGCAAACCAUUGAAGAGUUUGUUUUGUUUGUGACCAAACCAAUGUUUGCAAAACACUCGUGGACUAAACUGCUUUAAAACUGACACCUUUCAGAGUUGAAAGUUGGUUCUUUUGCAUCUCUCUUAACGUGUUUUUGUCCCUUAACAGGGGUUUCUGGACUGAAAAAAGUACUCAUUUUUGUAUUAAGUAGAAAAUAGUGCUGGUGAGUUUCAUCCUGAUCAAAAAUGCUGUGAAACUAAACAAGUGGGUCUCUUUCUGGCUUGAAUCUACCACUGUUUACUUUUAACUAGUCGGUUGUAUACAUGCCAAAGUUUUCUUUUUAGAAGCGAAUGCUUAUUAUUCCUGUUUAACUAUUGUUUGUUUGAUAACGACUAAAUAAAAAUGGGGGGGCGCAUGUAUAGAAAUACCUGUCAUAUUGUACAAAUUCUCUGUAAAACUGUAUGUCGUAACGAUUAUGGUUCUGGAUUCAUGCUACAUUUCAAAUAAAAUUUUUGCUAAAUACUUUUUUUAUGUAUUUCAUGCAAAAGUUUGUAUUACAAUAACAUGUUUAUAUGCAAAAGUUCUAUUACAAUAACAUGGGCAAGGUGGUGUGCUUCACUUCUAAAAGCAGCUUCUUGUCCCUUCACUGUAAUUCAGAUACAUUUUCUGAAAGUACAGUACUUUUCUUCCAGCUGCUUGAGCUGGAAAUCUAAUGCUUUUUCCAGUUGCUAUUUCAUUAUGAAUGAUUCCUGUGGGUUUGCGUUAAAGGGUUGAGAGGACUAGUGUGAAAGGCCGUUUGUUUUAUGAGAAUGAGUCAAGUUCCUUUCUAUCUCAACAGCCAAACACCUGACGAUUCGUCUUUAGUACAAAAGAAUCAUCCUAUCUCCAAACUCUGCACCCUACUCGUCCUUUAACUUCAGACUCUUCAUGGUCUUCAGUAGUUUUUUGUUGGGUGUGUAUUUCUUGUUUGGUAUAGUUGAGGAAAGUCCUCUGCUGUUGUAGAGAGAUGCUUUUUCUGGGUUUUAUUUCCCAAGUUCCUUUUCCUGCUACUUCUAUGUUUUACAUGGUUUUAGAUUUCACAUUGAUGGACUAUUUGUUUUCUUAAAGAUAGGAAAGAGUUCCCAGCAGUUACAUCAAUAGCAGGUCAUUUGCUCAGAAAUAUAUUUUGGUUUUGUUGAAUUGUAUUUUUAAAGGUUGUGAUUGUUAGGCUGUUAUCUUUUGGUUGCUAGCACAUUUUUCCAGUCUUCCCAGUCAAGUGAAUGCCACCAAGCAAUUGCAGGCUAAAGGUUAAGUGUGUGAUCAUUGAUGGAAAAAAAAAAUAAUCUGAUCUCUUGUGUGCAGAACUCCCACUGGUGUAAACAGGGAAGAAUGGAAUGUAUCAUCUGUUUCUUGUUUAAAAAAAAAAAAAUAAUCUGUUUAUUUGUUUAAACACUUAACAAUGCGAAUGAGUGAUGAGAAAAUAGAUAUGCUCUA